AUGCGUACGAGGUGGUUUGCAGGGGCGCUGCGACUGGCGGCGGCCUUCGCCCUCCUGGCGCUGGGACACUACUUUGCCGCCGUUUUCCUUCCGGUGGCGGACUGCGAUGAGACGUUCAACUUUGUUGAGCCAAUGCACCAGCUGCUCUAUGGUAGCGGGCUGCAGACGUGGGAGAACUGCCCCCGCUACGCCCUGCGCUCCUGGCUCUUUGCGUGGCUCUACGCCUCCCCCGCUCUCCUCGUGACUGGGGAGCCAGGCGUGCGAAACCUUGACGUGUACCUCUUUAAUCGCGUCUUUCACGGCCGCAUAGCCUGCCUCAGUGAACUGUUUCUGGUGUACAGUGUGUGGGGGGCGGUCUCUGGCAGGGCCGCGGCGGUGACGCUGGCGCUGCUUCUGUUCAACUACCCCGUUCCUCACGCCGCCGUGAGCGCGCUGCCGACGAGUUUUGUCAUGAUCAACUACUUCGUGGCGCUGGGCUGCUGGCUGCGCAGCGGGCGCAGGGAAUCACACCGUUUUAAUGUCUUUGGAACCGUCUUUUUCGUUGUCCUUGCCUGCGCGGUUGCCUGGCCCUUCGCAGGAUUCGCGGCUCUUCCGAUGGCUCUGGAUUUGCUCCUGCGCCGCCCAAAGGCCGCGGUGGUGUCGCUGCUCGUGUCGCUGGCCCUCAUCCUGCCGCUGGCGGUGGGCCUCGACACGCUGUACUAUUGUCGCCCGACCUGGAGCACGUGGAAUCUUCUGCGGUACAACCUGAAGGGUGGCGCAGAGCUGUACGGCGUGGAGCCGUGGUACUACUUCAUCAAGAACCUUCUCCUCAACGCCCCCGCGCUGCUCCUCGCCGCUGCCCUCGCGCCGGUUGUGCUCCUCCUGCCCCCGGCCCUAGACAAGCUGCGGCGCGGUGGCUGGAAGCUCAGCGAGAGGGCAGGCGCCCGCGCAGACGGCUCCACGCCGGCGCGGAAACACGCCGCACUGCCGUCGUCGUCGUCGCCGCAGCCGCCGAGUCGCAUGUUGUUGUACGUAUCUCCCUUCUUUGUGUGGUUCGCCUUUUGGCUCACGGUGCCGCACAAGGAGGAGCGCUUCAUGGCACCGGUGUACCCGUUCCUUGUCCUUGCCGCCGCGCUGAGCCUCACGUGCGUCUUUUUCUCCCCGCGCCCGUCCGCUGCCGCGAGCACCGGCGCCACCAAAGCCGCGCGGUCACCACCCGCCAGGGCGAAGGACCACGCCCCGACUGCGGCGCCGAGACGGCAGGCUCGGGCUCGUGGGACACCGUCACGUGGCGCGUGGCUGCUGCCCGCCAUGGGUUGCAUCCUACUGCUGCUCUCCGGUCUGCUGUCGCUCUCGCGCGGCUUGGCUGUCUACCACUUCUACGCCGGACCGCAGCGGCUGAUGCACGACAGCUACGACGCACUUCAGCGCGCCGCGGAUGCAAAGGCGCUCAACGCGGCAGCAUCGCAUGACCUUUACACUGUUUGCGUUGGCCGUGAGUGGUACCGGUUCCCCUCGUCCUUCUUCCUCGACCCGCAGAGGGCGCGGGUGGCGUUCCUAAAGACCGAUGCCUUCGCAGGAGCAUUGCCGCUCCCCUUUGCGCGAAACGAUAGCCAAGCCACCUGUCGCUGCGGCGCUGCCGGCGUAAACGACCUCAAUAAAGAAAUUCCCGAGCAGUACGUCUCCGAUGCCGCUCUUGAAUGCGACGUCGUUCUCGAUAGCCGCGGCGUCGGUGAUCUACGCCACGCGAGGGGUUACCCACCGGACGUCUUCGCCUACCCGCUGGUGCCCGCGCGGCGGCGGCUGCUGGACGUGGACAGGACCCCGCUGUGGUGUCGGGUGCUGUACUACCCGUUUGGCCUCAGCGAGCGGUGCGCCGUCUGGCGGCGUGUGGAGCUGUUGGGCAAACGCCGUCCCACUGCCAGCGCGGCAUGA